AUGAGCGGUCCCAAAGGAGUAGCCGAGAACAUGCUGUGGGGAGGUCGAUUUACUCAGGGCCUCGACCCCCUUAUGGUCCAAUACAACGAGUCCCUACCCUACGACCGCAUCCUCUGGCGUCAAGAUAUCGCUGGCUCCAUUGCCUUCGCUCGCGCCAACACAAAGUCCGGCAUCCUCUCCGCACACGAGUUCUCCGAGAUCGAGCGCGGAUUCAAGCAGAUCGCAGAGGAAUGGAGCACCAACGCCUUCGUCGUCAAGGAAAAUGACGAGGACAUCCACACUGCCAAUGAGCGCCGCCUAUCGGAGAUCAUUGGCAAGGACAUCGGAGGAAAGCUACACACCGGCCGUUCCCGCAACGAGCAGAUCGCAACCGACCUGCGCCUGUGGCUGCGGGAUGAGCUGCGGAAGCUGGAUAACUUCCUCAGCGACCUGAUUAAGGUCAGCAUUGCUCGUGCGGAGUCUGAAAUUGACUACCUCAUGCCCGGAUACACCCAUCUGCAGAAGGCUCAACCCGUCCGCUGGAGUCACUGGCUGCUGUCUCACGCCACUGCGUUCGCCGACGAGCUGAAGCGCCUGCGCGAGGUCACAAAGCGGGUUAACCGCUCUCCUCUCGGUACCGGUGCCCUCGCUGGAAACCCGUUCCAAAUUGACCGUGAGUCCAUGGCUAAGGAGCUGGGCUUUGAGGGGCUGCUUUACAACUCGAUGAAUGCCGUCGGUGACCGUGAUUUCGCUAUGGAGACUAUGCAGUGGGGUAGCUCGUUCAUGCUCAAGAUCUCUCGCUGGGCCGAGGACUUGAUCAUCUACUCUAGUCUGGAAUUUGGAUUCGUUCGUCUGUCGGAUGCUUAUUCGACUGGCUCGUCGCUGAUGCCUCAGAAGAAGAACGCUGACAGCCUGGAGCUUCUGCGUGGAAAGUCCGGUCGCGCCUUCGGCCACAUGGCUGGUCUGAUGAUGACUAUCAAGGGCCUGCCUACAACAUACAACAAGGAUCUGCAAGAGAGCGUCGAGCCUCUCCUAGAUCACAUCAAGACCGUCGGCGACAGCAUCCAGAUCGCCACCGGUGUCCUCUCCACUCUGACCACCAUCCCCGAGAAGAUGGUCGCUGCUCUAGCCCCUGAAAUGCUAGCCACCGAGUUCGCCGAUUACCUCGUUCGCAAGGGCGUCCCCUUCCGUGAGGGCCACCACAUCUCCGGCCGUGUCGUUGCGCUGGGCGAGAAGCAUAACGUGCCCAUGGAUCAGCUGUCACUGGAACAGCUCAAGGGCGUUGACUCCCGGUUCGGUGACGACAUCCAGGAGUGCCUGAACUAUGAGCGCGCGGUUGAGUUGAAAGACGCCAUCGGUGGCUGCAGCAAGCGUGCUGUCCUCGAGCAGACCUCUGUGCUUAAGAGCAUCCUAUAA